AUGGGGUGGCAAAAGCAGAUUGCAGGGUGUAAAAUGUACCAGAUAGUAAGGAAAAUGAAACUUUUGAAGGGUGAAUUAAGGAAAUUACAUUCAGCAACUUUUAGUAAUAUACUGAAUGAAGUAAAAGUGGAUAGAAUAAAUUUGCUAGAGACAGAGAAAGAACUAGGCAGGAAAUUUACAAGGUCUAGUUACUUGGCUGAGAUAAUGUUAAUACAAAGAAGCAAAGCAACAUGGGUGAAACUUGGGGAUGAUAAUACUAGGUAUUUCUAUACAGUACUGAAGCAAAAGAAAUUGAAGGAAUCUAUUUACCAGUUGAAGGAUAAAAAUCAACAAAUGCAACAUGAUCCUGUGGUCAUUGUUGAUAUAUUUGUUAGAUUCUACAAACAAAUGUUGGGUGAAACAGGUGGAACAAAACAGAAGGUAUACUUAGGCUUCUUAAGGUAUGGUCAUAUACUGAUAACUGAUCAACAGGUUGGAUUAUUGAAGCCUUACACCUGGGAAGAGGUGAAGCUGGCACUGUUUGGGAUUAAUAUAAAUAAGAGUCCAGGUCCCGAUGGUUUUGGGAGUGGGUUCUUUAGAGAUACUUGGCCUAUAAUUUGCAAGGAGUUCACAUAUGCCAUUUUAGAAACCUUACGCACAGGGAAGUUGUUGCAACAGCUGAAUGCUACUAGCAUAGCAUUGAUACCAAAGGUGAAAAACCCAGAGAUUGCUGGUCAUUUUAGACCCAUUGCAUGUUGCAAUGUGAUCUAUAAAUGCAUAUUAAAAAUGUUAUGCAAAAUAUUGAAAUUGGUGUUGUCUACUCUUGUGAAUGACACUCAAGCUCCUUUUUAUAGUGGUAGAUCUUUAGUUCACAAUGUACUGAUAUGUCAUGAUCUCAUGAGGCAUUACAAUAGGAAAAAAACUCCUAGAUGCCUCAUGAAAAUUGACUUAAGAAAGGCAUAUGAUAUGGUCAAAUGGGAGUUCCUGGAGGAGAUGCUGCAUGGGUUUGAGUUCCCUGGUAAAUUUGUGAAGCUAAUAAUGAUGUGUGUGACAACCACUAAGUUCUCUAUCAAGGUUAAUGGGACCAGUUAUGGGUACUUUGAGGGGAAGAGGGGACUUAGGCAAGGGGACCCCCAUUUCCCCCUUGCUCUUUGUCCUAGUCAUGGAGUACCUGUCUAG